CAUCCUGUCCCUAUUAUACGAGGCCGAGAGAUGGACAAUCCGAAAUCAAGGAACCAAUUUUGAACAGAGCGGUGGGUACGUUGGGCCAUAAGUGGUUGUAGGCCCAUACCCAUUGAAUGCAAUCAAAUUAAAAUGUCCUGUAAUGUCAUUUUACCCCAUUAUUUACUAAAAUCAUAUUUCACCCACCUCCCUCCUCAAACCAACAACUCCCUUCACUCACUUCACUGCCUCACACCCUAAUUUUAUUUUUACUUUUUUUUUAAAAAAAAUUAUUUCUUUACCACAAAACAAAAAUAUAUUUUAAACAAUUACAAUCACUAUGGAGGCUUUCGCCGGCGACCGGCAAAUUCCCAACUCCGACGACUUUCCUCAGCUUAUUGCUCCUUUCCCGGAGCCGACUGUGGACCUCAUUUACGCCCAUCCGAAUGCUGUGGUCCAUUCUCCUGACAUCAUCAAUCACCGUCCGAUUUCACCUCCCCAGAAACUCCGGCCUAUUCGCUGCCACGUUCGGUCCCCUGUUGCUGAUGUUCGGGGCAACGUUGGGCUCGUAGAAACCCUGGCCAAGGGGUUUUUGGGCGACCAGUCGGAACCCCUUGAUGAAGAGUUUGACUGCGCCGUCAAAUUUGAAACUCAGAGAGACGACGUUGGUAGUGGUGGGAGCGUCUCCGUUACGGUAGAUGACCCGAUUCAAGUCGGGUUGGGCUCAUUUGGGGAGGAUUGGGAGAUGAAUGGUGGCGAACGUGUAGUGGAGGACGAGUCUAGCUCGUCUUCUGAUGAUGAAGUUAAUUAUUCAGUAGCAAACUUUAAAGGAGUUGUUAAUCAGAAGAGAAGAAAAUCCAAAAGAAAUAUUGAGCAUUUUCUUGAAAAUAUGGUGACUAAAGUGAUGGAGAAACAAGAAGAGAUGCAUAACCAGUUGAUAGACAUGGUAAAGAAGAUGGAGAGGGAGAGAAUAUUGAGAGAAGAAGCUUGGAAACAGAUGGAGAUGGAAAGAAGGAAAAGAGAUGAGUUGGUAAGAACCCAGGAAACAUCUCGAAGCUUAGCUCUCAUUUCCUUUCUCCAGAACUUGUUGGGUGAAGAGAUUCAAAUCCCUGAACCGGUAUCUCGACCAUUCAUGGAAGAAAAUAGGGUUGGUAGAAUUGAUGCUCAAGCAGAUACCAAAUGCAAUUCAGAAAAUAAAAGAUGGCCAGAAGAUGAAGUACAAGCCCUUAUAGCUCUUCGAACUGAUUUAGAACAUAAGUUUCAAACUACAGACUCCAAAGGAUGCAUCUGGGAGGAGAUUUCAGUUGGUAUGUAUAGUAUGGGCUACAACAGAGCGGCAAAAAAGUGUAAAGAGAAAUGGGAUAACAUGAACAAAUAUUUCAAGAAGCCAAAUGGUAGUGGGAAGAAGCGUUCUGCCAAUGGUAAGACCUGUCCAUAUUUCCGAAGCUUGGAAUCCCUUUACAAAAAUGGAGUUGCAAACUCAGGAAUUGGCGAUAGUACCCCAAACAAUGGGGAUGAAGUCAGAAGUGAAAAGGAGUCUGGAGAGUCUCCUUACACCGGUUAAAACCUUUUUGUAGUGCUAAGUAGUCUCUGAGCAUCACUUUCUCCCUCAGUUUUCUCCGCUAACUAUGGUAGGUUGGUGGAGAAUAUUAUCCAAAAACUAUAUACUUUCCCAUUCUCAUAUUUUGUAAUAUUAUCUAAUGGUUAUUUGCUAUGUCAUCUAUGAUCUUACCUACUUUUCUACGACCAAUAGUUUUGUCUUGUAUUGAACGUAGAAGUUUGCAUCCCAAUGGAACUGUUUAGAGAGUUGUAGUUCAGUAAAAAUUAAAAAAGAAAUUUAUGUA